UAUUCUUAGAACGAGAUGAAAGAGGUUAAAGUGCUGCUGUAUACAGACAGGAGGAAUCACAGGUGCGAGGUGUCGAAGAACGCUGUCAUGGUGUCUGAGGAGAAGAGUGUCCUUUUGGACCUUGUUCAGGUGUUCACCGGUAACCUGUUAUGCGCGUGCGCACUGGCAGCUGUCGCGCUCAUCUCCGUCAUCUGGUCCAUCAGACGCUCUCUCCGCAUCCACGGCAUCGAUGAGAAGCACGUUCUGGUGACCGGCUGCGAUAGCGGUUUCGGACACCUCGCGGCGCGGCAGCUCGAUCAGCGCGGAUUCCGCGUCAUCGCCGCGUGUCUAACGGAACCCGGCGCCUCCAGACUGCGCGCCGCGGCCUCCCCCAGACUCAAGACGCUCCUGCUCAAUGUCACCGACAGCGCGAGCGUCGGGAGCGCGCUGGAGUUCGUGCGCAAGGAGACCGGGGAGAGAGGCCUGUGGGGUUUGGUGAACAACGCUGGCAUCUCCGUCCCCAUUGGUCCGGCAGAAUGGAUGCAGGUGGAAGACUACAAGAAGGUUCUGGAUGUGAAUCUGAUGGGCGUCAUUGAGGUGACCCUGACGUUCCUCCCUCUCCUGAAGAAAGCACGGGGCAGGGUGGUGAACGUUGCGAGUAUACUGGGCAGACUCGCUCUCAUCGGUGGAGGAUACUGUCUCUCUAAAUGGGGUGUGGAGGCAUUUUCUGAUAGCUUGAGGAGGGACAUGUUGCACUUUGGAGUCAAGGUCAGCAUCAUUGAACCAGGCUUCUUUAAGACACAAGUAACAGAUCUGGGUCUCAUCGAAGAUGAUCUGAAGAAGCGAUGGAACGCUCUUCCAGUAGAGGUCAGGAGAUCCUACGGAGACUCGUACCUGCAGGAAUAUAUGAAGUUGCAGGCGUUCUCUAUGGGGUUGUUAUGCAGCAGGGACAUCUCCAAAGUGUCGUCAUGCAUGCGUCACGCUCUCUCGGCGCGUCAUCCUCGAACGCGAUACACGGCCGGUUGGGACGCCAAGCUUUUCUGGAUUCCUCUCUCGUACGUCCCGACAUGUGUGGCAGACUUCAUCAUGGGUCUUCUUUUGCCCACACCAAAAGACACCGAAGUGUCCACAUCAUCACAGACAUCAUAAGACUUAAUCCCUUUUGUUUUUUUGAAAAUGAUGCACGAUUGGAAAGACAACAUUUGUUUCUGUAAACUGUAAUGACACACAACCUUGUUUCACUGAAUGUAAUGAAAUAAAAAGUAAUUAUUAUCAUAA